GCUGCUGCUCGUGGCCGCGGCGGCGCUCAUUGCGGUGGUCACUGCUACUGUCGCCGCCGGCGCCGGCGAAGGUCCGGCGUGCGACACGGCGCACUGCGGCAGGGGCCAGUGCGUGGAGCAGCCGGGCCCGCUCGGCCUCGACACCUUCCGCUGCGACUGCGACGCCGGCUGGUCCAACAUGUUCGCGUUCCUCCCGGCCUCGCCGUGCACCAUCCCAAAAUGCACCUUCGACAACGCGUGCUUCAACAUCACCUUCAACUUCCCCAGGGGCUUCCCGCUCACUGACCCUUGCGUGGCCAUCAACUGUGGUUCGGGAGGCGAGUGCGUGAAGGAGGAAGGAUUGAGCUACCACUGUGCGUGCUCGCCGGGAUUCGUCAACAUGUUCAACCUCACCAUGUUCCCCUGCAUCAAGAACUGUGCUUUCGGCAAGGAUUGCUCCGCGCAGGGGCUCUCGCCGCCGGGGAGCCCUCCGCCGCCACCGCCGCCGUCUCCGUCGUCGUCGUCUCCGGCGACACCUGGAUCUGUUCCGUCUGAUAGCCUUGUGCAGCUGCUGCUACUGCUCUCAGUCGCCAUGGCUCACAUCAUAUGAUUUCAGAAUGAGACACGGCCGGCCGCCCAGGCCGGGAUGGAUCCACAUAACACGUAGUGUGUUCAUAUAUAACUGCAUAUAUACUUAAUAUACAUAUAUUUGCAUCCGGCAAAUUAAGUUGCAUCCACAGUCGAUCGAUGCCUGUAUUUCUACAGAUAAUUUUUUUUUUUUUGAAAUUCUACAGAUAAGAAAUUGUAUGCGAAGAAUUUUUUUUCGCAAACACACAAAAAGACUGCACGUCAAUAUUAGAAGAAAUUAAUUACGUGAACACUGCAAUCAAACUCAUUGUUCCUCCUUGAUCAUCUUUGUAGAUUUUGUAUGCAAACCUUGUGAAACUGCAGAGUGUUUCGAUCUGAAUCUGAA